AGACUCAUGAUGCAAAAUAUUGAAAAAGCAAUGUCCCUAUACUAGAAAAAAAUCGAAUGGUAUAUAAUGUAAAAGCUGGGAAAACAUAUCCUGAUUCAGCUAAGCUAUUAUAUCCUAGCAGGAGUUCAGCACCCCCAAGUUAUAACAUGUUGGAGGGGAAGUUACCUAUAAAAGGAUUUGUUUCAUGUUCUGUUCUUUCAUUUCAGUUAAGAUCCUUGACCAUACCUUUACUAUAUUACAAAAAAUCAAAAUUAAAUAAACGAUAUUUGGCUAUAAUGUUUGCAACAUUUUUGUUAAUAAAUGCACUCAUGUUUACUAGCUGCAUCAUUGCUCAAGUUACAGAUGAUGAAAACUGUGAAACAUUGCAAUCAGAAGUACACAUUACAAAAGAUGAAUAUGAUGAAAUAGGACGUUUAAAAAGAACAUGUAGUGGAGAUGUAUCUGUUACUAAAUGUGAAGGAUUUUGUAGUUCACAAGUACAACCAAGUGUUGCAAGUACUACAGGAUUUUCAAAGGAAUGCUAUUGCUGCCGUGAAAGUUACUUAAAAGAAAGACACAUUACUUUACAUCAUUGUUAUGAUGCAGAUGGUAUAAAAUUAAUGAACGAAGAAGAUGGAAUAAUGGAAAUAAAAAUACGAGAACCGGCAGAAUGUAGAUGUAUUAAAUGUGGUGAUACAUCACGAUAAACAUAAAAUUAAAUUAAAGAAAUGAUAUUAUGAAUUAUCUUAUGGAAUUAUGUAUCAAAAUUAUUACUAAAAAUAAAAUUAAAAAUGCAGAAUAUAUUAUUUGAAG